CCCACAUACCCCACCAUGACGAACGCUCACGGCAGAGAUAACAUCGCCGACGGCCUGGUGGCCACAUCGUUCUCGCUGUCGCCCAAAAAGUCGCUGCGGAAGACGCGCAGCAAGAGCAUCGGCCCCGGCGGCGUAGGAGAGUUGGACGCGCCUGCGCUGAAGGAGAGCAAUGGGAACCGCAGGAAGUCUGCGUUCAUCCCCGCAGUCAAGUCCAUCCUAUCCUCCAACGACGAGGAUGAGAAAAAGCGCCGCGAGGCCCGCCGCAAGUCGUUAGCAAGACGGCGCGUCUCCUUUGCCCCCGAAGCCACCCUACAUACCUGGGACGUGGUCGAGUACCUGCGCGAUGCAACGAGCUCGUCCGCAUCCUCUGAUGCCACCCGGAGGGCUUCAGGCGUCUCCCAAGCGCCUGCGCCUGAUUCAGACCCCGCCGAGCCGCCUUCCACGCCUCCUGAGCAGGUCGAGGAGCCAACACCGGAGCCCGAACCGACCUCCGCGAGCCAACGCGACCUGCACCAGAAGAAGAACCGCCGCAGCUCUGGCAUACCGCCCAUGAACUUCAACAAUCCCGACGAUGUCUACUCGUCAAGUCCACUAAGCGGAGACAGCCGCUCACCUGGUGAUGCGGACACUGGUAGCAGCGAGUCUGAGGAGGAUGAGCUGGAAGACCAGGGCACAUCUCCCGAACACGAAGACUCCUCACAAAGCAGUGCCAAGUUGGACGCAGCGCUUCGCCAGGCUUCAGCCCAAGCGGGGACACAAAAACUGGAGCUCGAUGAGGAUGGCGACCUGUCAAUGGACAUGGCAGAAGACGAGGUCACGACAUCCUUCCAGCCCUGGGCCAGGAAGAGUACUGUACCACAGCACGACACAGAAAACGCUGACCCCUUCUCGCCUUCAGCAAAUAUGGAAGAAAACGAGGACGACAUGAGCAUGGACAUUACGCGUGCAGUUGGAGGCAUCCUCUCAAAACCGGAGCCGCAGAGCUCGGAUAUCGACGACGACAUGACCAUGGAUCUUACCAUGCCUCUUGGCAGCAUCCGAGCACUCGGUUCGAAAGCGCCAACAGAGAAGAAGAACUUGAAGCGGAGGGCAUCGAUGUUGGACGCAUCACAGGGAAGCCCAGAAAAACGUGCUACCAAUAGACGUACAAGUCUCCGCCAACGGCGCAAGUCUGAGGAGAACGCAUCGGAAGACGCAACAAUGGAUCUUACUAUGGCGAUUGGUGUGAUCAAAAGUAAGGAUUCCCCACCUCACCAACAGAAUUCCACCAGUCGUCAGAGUUUGGACGCACCGUUGGAAGACGAAACUAUGGACUUCACACUUGCUGUCGGCAGUAUAAAAAAUCUACCAGCACACGUGGAUGAGAGCGAUGAGGAAGAGGAAGAAGAUGAGGACCUCUCCAUGGAGUUCACGAAGAUCGUGGGGCCUGGGAUCAAGCACCUCGACAUACCAGCAGCAGCGACUCCUGAGAAGCCUGCUCUUAUUGUGGAUCCUGCUCCUGAACCAUUGAAAUCUCCAACCUCACAAUCCCCCCCCAAGGAGCCCGCUGAACAUGGUAGCUAUUUCACAGAGGCACCACCUGGUGAUUCCAUCCCGGAACUGCCAGCCCAAAACACACCCACUACCUCUACCGAUGUCAUCUACCCAACUCUUGAUCCAGGCACCCCUGAAAUCGUGAAGCAAUACCGUCUCGAAGACAUCGAGCCCUCGCCGUUUGUAGCUAGAACUCCACGAAGCGCUGAAAAAGCAGACGGGACUACCACCACACCAUCGAACCAAGAUCAGCCGGCGCCUGUUUCAAUCCCUGAUGAUCCAAUUGCUGCCCCGAUCUUGAAUCGGCGUCGUUCCUCUCUGUCUUCUGUACAGUUCAGUCCACUCAACGCCCCACACGAGGCAGCAGUUUUGAAGAGUACUGCUUUACUGACAAAUCACAUCAAGUUGCUUUCAACCCCCAGAAAACAGACGCUUAUGUCGCCAUUGAAACGAGGCGCGGCGUCUAAAGAUUCCCAAACUCCUCAAAAGCAGCCGACCCCAAAACAGAAGACGCCGACUCCAAAGAGAGCAUCGCGCAGGCAAAGCGCAAGCCCCAAGAAGCGGGUGGUUUUUGGUGAGCAGAAGCAAGAACCUGUCGAAGAAAGCAUCAACGAAGACACAGUCGAAGAAGUGUCAGAUGUGGAACGCAUCUCAUUGCAAGACUUCUUGGACAUGACCAAGAUCCGCUUCAUGGAUCUUAGCACAACCAAACGGCGACACACUGCUGCUCCUGCGGCUUUCCACGACAUGGAGGUGGAAGAGAAAGAGGACUCCUUGGAUCGAUAUGUUGUUGCCGGUGCAUGCACUCUGCCAGAGUACGAACUAUACCAGCAUGCCUGCCAUGAGAUGAAGAAGUACAUUUCAGACGGGCGUCAUUUCGUUCGAACCAUGGAAGCCAAUGUUCUCGACGAGAAUCCGUUAUUGUUCAGCGAAUAUCUCGGUGCUCCUCCGGAUCAGCGCGCUGUCAUGGACAACCAGUUCAAGAACUUGAAGACAAAUGCCCGUCUUGAAGCUCGUGGAGAAUGGUAUACCUGGCGCAGUACUCUUUUGCACGAUCUCAAGGCUGGUCUUCUUGGAACCAUGGAUGGCUUCAAGCGCGAUGAGUCGACACUCGCGAAUCAAGAACAGCUUCUUGACACUGUAUUGCCCGCCUUGGUCGAAAAGCAAGAGCAACUGUCUGCUGAACGUGUAGCAUUGCAACAGCGCCACGAUGAGCUGAACAGUUGUGACCGUGAGGAGCUGGAACAGGCCCGCGAAAGACUCACCGCCGCAGACGCUGAGUUGAAAGACAAGCGACAUCUUCUGGCUCAACUCCAGCAAGAGCUCGACGAUAAGGAAGCGGGCAUCGAGUCAGUCAAAGAACGCAAGACUGAAUGCGUAGAGCAAACCAAGGCCGCUGAACGUAUGCGUGAGGACUGCCGUGGAUGGUCUACAAGUGAAGUCAAUGCAUUGAAAGCCAAGGUCACAGCGCUCGAGCAAGCUCACGGCUGGAGCAUCACUUCCGCGUCAUCCACAAGCAUCACCAUGACCCACGCGAACGAUCUCGAGCUAUACUUCCAGCCAUCUGCUUUCGCAACAGGCGACUCCACAGCAAACGGAUCCAUCUCCCUAGCCUACAUCGGCGACUCUGCAACCCCACACCCCCGCCCAUUAACCACAAGUAAGCGCUUCUUCCUCCAGCUCAUCCGCGCACACCUGCACUGCAUCCCCCAGUCCCAAACCCGCAUCGCCCAACUCCUCACCCUCGUGAAAAACAGCUGGGCCACCGCCCUCGCCGUCGCCGACGGCAUCCGCUGGCUCGAGCACAGCUACAUCACAGAGGAAUUCAUCCUCUCCGACGAGCGCAUGGCGAUCGCCGCGUCCAUGCUGCUCCCCUCGCUCCAGACGAAAAUUAAAGUCGUAUUUGAAAUCGGCGUUAGCCUUACCGGGCUUGAGGUUUCGACUGAGACUGGCGUCAAGGCGGAGGUCGUGUAUGGGGAGAAGUACGGAGAGGAGAAGAUGAGUGCGUUCUUGAGGGAUGGGUGUCCCAGUGAGGUCGGGCCUGGGGCGGAUAUGACGGGUUGGGCGAAUGGUAUGGCGGAUUUGGCGGUGAGGUUGCGCAAGACGGGUAGAAAGGGCGAGCGGAAGUAGGGGGUUGGUUUGGUUUUUGCUUUGUUUAUCGCGCUGGUGAUUUUAUGGAUGGACGGGGUGGCUUAUGAUUCACGACACGUUUUUUUCGUUGGCGGGUUGCAUAUUGGUGUUUACUUUUUUUUUAGUUGUUUAUUCGCGAACUUGAGAUUCUCAUGCAGACAGAAAUGCUUGAAUACCAAC